AUGAAGUCGCUCGCCGCCCUUUCCACCCUGCUGGCCGUCACCGCGGCGGCCGUCCCGCAGCCCACGCCCACCAAGGCCUCGUACGACGGCCACAAGGUCUUCCGCGUCAUGGUCGGCUCCAAGCCGCAGCGCGUGUCCGACGUCGUCGACCGCCUCGGCCUCAGCUUCUGGCAGCACCCCACGCGCAAGGGCGCCUUUGCCGACAUCGAGGUGCCGCCGGCCCGCGUGGACGAGUUCCGCAAGGAGAUGGAGGGCCUCGAGCUCAUCACCAUGCACGAGGACCUCGGCAAGUCGAUUGCCGACGAGGGUGCUUUCCACAUCUACGCCGAGGGCUCGGCCAACUCGACGUGGUUCAACUCGUACCACCCCUACAAUGACCACCUGCAGUUCAUCAACGACCUGGCGUCCAAGAACCCCAGCAACGCCGAGGUCGUGACGUCGGGCAAGUCGCUGCAAGGCAACGCCAUCACCGGCAUCCACUUCUGGGGCAGCGCCGGCAAGGGCAAGAAGCCCGCCAUUGUGCUGCACGGCACCGUCCACGCGCGCGAGUGGAUCGCUUCCAUGGUUGUCGAGUACUUUGCCGACACUCUCGUAAACGGAUACAAGACCGACAACGGCAUCAAGGCUCUCGUCGACAAGUACGACUUUUACCUGUUCCCCAUUGUCAAUCCAGAUGGCUUCAAGUACACGCAGGCGAGCGACCGCAUGUGGCGCAAGAAUCGCCAGACCACGGCGGGCUCCAGCUGCCUCGGCCACGACAUCAACCGCAACUGGCCGUACAAGUGGGAGGGUCCCGGCUCCUCGACUAACCCGUGCGCGCAAGACUUCCGUGGCGCGUCGGCCGGCGACGCGCCUGAGACCAAGGCGCUGUCCGACUUCCUCAAGCAGGUCAAGAGCGCCCAGGGGCUGAAGCUGUACAUCGACUACCACUCGUACUCGCAGCUUUUCAUGACUCCGUACGGAUACACGUGCAACGGCGUGCCGCCCAACAACAACGAGCUGCAGUCUCUCGCCGGCGGUGCAGUGGCGGCCAUCCGCCAGGUCCACGGCCUCAACUUCGACUACGGCCCCAUCUGCACCACAAUCUACCAGGCGGCGGGCAGCAGUGUCGACUACGUCGCCGACGUGGUCAAGGCCGACUACACGUUUACGUCGGAGCUGCGCGACACGGGCCGGUACGGCUUCGUGCUGCCUCCGGACCAGAUUGUGCCGAGCGGCGAGGAGGCAUUUGCGGGUUUCAAGUACCUGUUGCAAAACAUGAAGUAG